UGUUAAGCCAUUAUCAUCUCUGAGCUCCAGGCUCUUACAGUUGGACACACCUGGCUGGUGCCUCAGAUCAAACCAUGACUAUCUUUGUGGAAAAUAUAUGGAAUUAUACUGAUUUGUGGCUAUAUGAUGAGUUUGAAAAUUGGACUGGUACACCACCCACAGAAAAAUAUAGCCCCUGUCAAUUGGACACUGAUACACUCAACAAGUAUGCUGUGGUCAUCAUCUAUGCCUUGGUUUUCCUGCUGAGCCUGCUGGGAAACUCCCUGGUGAUGCUGGUUAUCUUAUACAGUCAAGUCAGCCGCUCUGUCACUGACGUCUAUCUGCUGAACCUGACCAUGGCCGACCUGCUCUUCACCCUGACUUUGCCUAUCUGGGCUGCCUCCAAGGCAAAGGGCUGGAUCUUUGGCACACUCCUGUGCAAGAUGGUCUCACUCCUGAAGGAAAUCAAUUUCUACAGUGGUAUUCUACUACUGGCCUGUAUCAGUGUGGACCGCUACCUGGCCAUUGUCCACGCCACACGCACACUGACUCAGAAGAGGCACUGGGUCAAGUUCAUAUGCAUAGGCAUCUGGGCCCUAUCGUUGAUCCUAGCCCUGCCCACCUUUGUCUUCCGCAAGACCGUCUACCCAUAUAAUUCCAGCCCAGUCUGCUAUGAGGACAUGGGUGCCAAUACAACAAAAUGGCGUGUGGUGAUGCGAGUCCUGCCUCAGACCUUCGGCUUCCUCCUGCCGCUGCUAAUCAUGCUGUUCUGCUAUGGACUCACACUGCGCACGCUGUUUCAGGCCCACAUGGGGCAGAAGCACCGGGCCAUGCGGGUCAUCUUUGCUGUCGUGCUCGUCUUCCUGCUCUGCUGGCUGCCCUUCAACCUGGUCCUGGUGUCAGAUACCCUCAUGAGGAUGGGGGUGAUCGCGGAGACCUGUGAGCGCCGAACUGAGAUUGGCCAGGCCCUGAAUGCCACCGAGAUUCUGGGCUUCUUGCACAGCUGCCUCAAUCCCCUCAUCUAUGCCUUCGUUGGCCAGAAAUUUCGCCACAGACUCCUCAAGAUCAUGGCCAUCCAUGGCCUAGUCAGCAAGGACUACUUGGCCAAGGAAGGCAGGCCUUCCUUUGUUCGCUCUUCUUCAUGGAAUACUUCUACUACCCUCUAGGACCCCUGCUCCUGUUUCAGCCCCUCAGGGAUCCUCCCUUCUCAUCAGCACUCAAGCCUUGUGUCCACUGGCUGUUCAUAGUCUCUCAUCUGUGUCAAGGAGGCCCUCCAUUGAGGUUACAGGAAGUUGCUGGGCCACAUCCUUACCAGGCCCUCAUUGUAUAGUUUAGAAAGCCUGCCCUGGCACCCCGCCUCUUACUGUAAUUACUAUGUCACUGUGAAAGCUCUGUCCAUUCUUCCAUUGAGCCCAUAGCAUUGUCUUCUGUGACAUUUCAAAGACAGCCUUUAAGUAACUACAAAUAGCUCCCAGCAUUGAAAGCCAUUAGUGGCAAACACCACAGUUGCUUCCCCAACUCUCCCUUUGCCUGCUAGCAAAGCCUACUUCCCUUGACACAGGCCGAAGAUGACAGAUGCUCACUUUCUAAGAUUUCCUUAAGCUAGGGUGGCCAUACCAGUUGGUUCUGACUAGUACAAUUUUUGGGCAAGAAUGUGCUGAUAAACCACUCUCCUAUAGAAAAAAGUCCUGAUUUGUAGCAUUCACCAAGUUCCAUGGUAUAAAUGCUCCCACCAUGGCAAUUUCAAGGGUGAUGGUGUUUAGCAACCAGCUUACAAAAUUCUACAAAAUGUAAUCAUCUGCUUUCACAGGCUGGUACAAACUGGUUCAGCACACCAUUGCUUAAGAGGAGUCUGCCAGGGCCAGAGGACUCCUGGGAAUAUUCCUGAUUAAUAAAGAGAGAGACACCCACCCAUGCAUUCUUGGCUCUUGCCUUUAAAUGUGGCUAUAGGAUACGAUAUGUGGUGCUGAGGCAAGAAUGUUGUGACAACAAGGGAAAAAGCCUAGUACGCUUAGGCUGAUGGAGCCAAAGGAUAAAAAGAACCUGAGAUUGAAGGGCCCAGAAAUAACCUAAGCAUAAAUGGUCAAAUGCUUUUCAAGAAGGGUGUUAAGGCUAUUCAGUGGGGAAAGGAUAGACUUUCAACAAAUGGUGCUGAGAAAACCAGAAACCCACAUACCUCAUACCAUAUACAAAAAUUAACUCAACAUGGAUUGAAGACCUAAACACAACAGUUAAAACUAUAAAACUCUUAGAAGAAAACAUAAGGGAAAAGCUUCAUUUGGUUUGUGUUUGGAAGUGGAGUAAGGUUCAGGAAUGGGGUUUAGAUCAAGUUUGGGAUUGGGAGCAGGGGUUGAGGUUGGAGUCGGAGAUGUGGUAGAGCGGGAGUCAGGGAUAGAAUAGCAGCUUGGGAUAAGGCGGAAGGUCAGAGAACGAGUACUGUCAGGAAUAGGGAGACAUCUAGAAAUAGGAAGAGGCUGGCAAUGGGUGAGUGAGAUGCAGGGAGGUUCAAGAUGGGGUUAGGGCCAGAUACAGGGGGGAACUUAGGAAAAGGAUCAAUGUGGGGGAGUGGUGAGUCUCAGGGAUGAGUGCCAGAAAUAGAGUGAAUGAUUGGGAUGGGUUAGUGGCUGUAAUAGCAGCCACUGCUAUUUAGUCCAGCUAGUGACUGGGACAAAAAGUUAUUACUGGUAGGGCUACCAUCCUCUCUGGACCAUUGUCUAAGAUGCAUUCCCAGGGGCCAGGAUGGAGGUGCCUCUUUCUAUGUAUCUUGAGACUCUCCAAAUAGGUUGGUGAGGCAGGAAUUAGGGGCUCAAGCCCUAAGAGAUGUAUCUGAUUAAGGAGAGAUGACGGAAGAAUGUAGAAAGAAUCCAGGGAGGAAGGCUGGGAACUGGACCUGGGAACAUCACUUUCUUCCCUUCUCCCCUAAUCCCCUCCCCACCUCUCCUACCAUAUCCCUCAAUGCCCAUCUUCCUGCAUCCUAUGCUGUCCCAAAGACAACUCCAUGAGGGGCUUCAGUAAGUUAAGUAAGAUCCGUAUUGGGUCUGGGGAAAUACAAGUGACCAAUACACAGCCGAAAAGAUGCCUGACCAUCUUAGUAACCUGGGAAGUGAGAAUCAAACAGUGAUAAAAGAACUUGGAAGUAUUAUAUUAUUAU